AUGACUUUCUUAUAUCUUAUAUCGAGUGUUUCUAAUGAUGUAGAGGCUAAAGCAAAAUUUCAAGCAUCAUCUCAUGAAGUUUCUAGUCUCGAGGCUUCAGCUGAAGCAAGAUUCGGAACAGGCGGUAUUAGGCAAAUGCGAAGGCUGAUGCUUCCUCAAGCUAAAGGUGUAGAUCUUAUAAACGUUGAAACUAAAGGCGUUAAAGCAAAUAUUGGGGAUAAUGUCGAUACGGGUGCAUUUGGUCCUGAUGGUAUAGAAGUUAAGGUUGGAGGCUUUGGUAUAACAAUAGGAAAAGAAAUAGGUACAAGUACACUCUUUGGAAGAAUUUCAAUUAACCUGGGAGAACUUUUGGGACUACAAACUCCCGAGGCUUUUGCGGAAGUGCACAAGUACUUGUAUGAAUCCGGGCUGAAUUGGCAAAAUGUUCCACUAGCUCCACAGUAUAUUUUAUGUCCCGACUGA